GUGGCUGGGUAUGGUGUGAUGUGUAGUGUGGUGUGGCUGGGUAUGGUGUGAUGUGUAGUGUGGUGUGGCUGGGUGUAAUAUGUGGACUUGACGCGGCCCGGGGGGUGUGCCAAGACCUGCGGCCCCUGGCACUGCACCUCGGCCACACGGAUGCUCAAGCAAGAGGCACCUUAAAAGUUUCUAUGAACUAUAAGAGAAAACAUGGCCACACUUGUGCCCCAGAAAGAUGAUGUUGAACACUGGACUGUUGAGCAAGUGGCUGCAUGGCUUCAACAGGUGGAGUUAUCAGAUUGCUGUGAUACUUUUUUAAGAAGAGGAAUUGAUGGACAUGGAUUUUUGCAAUUAUCACAGGACAAUUUGCCCUGGUCGGGUAGAGAUGUGUCUGUAAGGAAUCUCAAACAGAUCUUGAAACUAGUCAGUCAAAUUAAGAGUCAACAGCAACAUCCUAGCACUACAAGACAACCCAUUGAGAUUUCCCGUUCCUUAGGAUCCCACCCACCAAAAACCUACAAUGAUUACGCAAUGGAUUUUCCUGUUAAGGACUUUUUUGGUGAAGAGGAAGAACAUACAGGGCUGGAAUCUCCUCCAGCCCCUCCAAUUCCUCCACGGCAUCAAGGCCAGUCACCAAGCCUGUCCGCCUGUCCAUCAUUCCCAAGAACUAACACAGGGCAGAACAGCAAUAUUCUCCAUGGCCCUGAAUCCCGAUCUCUGGAAACUCACAAUGACGACAUCUGGGGUGACUAUGACUCUUCCUUUGAUGAAGAGGAAUCAGAGGAACAUCCUGGUCAAAAGAUGCAACUAGUGAAGGAGAAUGACCAAGGUGAGGAAAAUAUUGAUGAUUUAUAUUUGGUUCCACUUCCGGCAAACUCUCCUGCAAGCAACCACUCAAGCAUAAUAAAUAGAGAGCUUCCCAAUCAUUCUCAGCUACCAACCAACACUUCCUUCAUACACCAGCAUGGAGGAGGGUCAUGGAGCCAGUCCAAACUAAAGAAAGAAAGAUUGAGCUUUGGUUCUGACACUCAAAAUAAUAGAAGAAGCCAUCCUCCAGCUAUUCCUGAGCGAGCUCCAGUAAGACCUCCACGACCAGUAAAUGAUACUCUGAUGGCCCUUCACAAGCAGCAGUCUCCCUUGCACCACUUUCAAGCACCAACACCCAAAAGAGCCCUACACUCACCCCUACAAGAAGCCAUCAACCACAACUUGGUUGAAAAUGGAAGCAGUGGAGUCAAAGGAGCUUCGUUCUCAUAUCGGCACCAGUUUCCUUCCAGCCCUCCUUCCAGGUGGCAGAAAGACAAUGAGCCAUCACAGGCUCACUUACCCACCCAGUCUAUGGAGAAAAAUGACCAUGUGUAUGAAAUAGUGGAUGUUCCUCAAGGAUCCUAUGGGGGCACUGAAGCCCCAGGUCCAAAUAAGUCAGAUCAACAGUCUCCAAGCAAGCCUCCAAUUCCUCCCCCCAGGAACCAAAACCAAGAUUCUGAUGACCGAGAUCUCAGUAGUCGGCUAGGGUCCGUCUCGCUUUCCCAUGGUAAGCGACCACCAGCACCACUUCCACCACCUGUUGCCCACAACCUUUCAGAAGGACGUAACACUAGUCAAGCACGACCACCAGCAUCACUUCCACCACCUGUUGCCCACAACCUUUCAGAAGGACGUAACACUAGUCAAGCACGACCACCAGCACCAGACUUACCCAACCGAAGUGACCGGAGCAGACAACCUGCGCCUCCUCCUUCCUUCUCAGGCAGCAGCUCUCAUUCCAGUCACCUGACCUUCCCUAAGGAGAGUCAUGCACCUCAAGAGCUUUUACAGAAUUCUGCAGCAAGCUGCCACCCAUUCAUCAGUCUGGAGAAUGGGGAGCAAAUUGAGCUUACUCCACUGUACCGGAAGAUCAUGGAAAAGCCCUACUUCCAAUUUAUUUCAAGAGCCAAGGCGAAGGAACUAGUGAUGCAAGGAAAAGAAGGGACUUUCCUCAUUCGACCAUCAACUAGAACAAAAAUGCCAUUCACCCUCACCGUUAAGCAUGAUGAUCGCUACUACAAUAUCAACAUCAGACAACGUCCGGACCGCCUCUUUGCUCUAGGCUACGAGAAGGCUUCAGAACGAACCUUUUCUUCAAUAGAUGAGAUGGUCUCCACUCACUACAAGGAACCCAUCACCUUGGUGAAUGGAGAGUGUGCCCUGCUGAAGUACUCCCCCUCAAAGCCUGUUUGGCAUGUUCAAACUGGUCAUUAAGAAACAUAAGGAUACAAAAUGUUGAUGACUUAAUAAUAAGUUAAUCAUUAAUUUGCUAAGAUGUCUCAUCUCAAAGAAAACAUGUUUCACGUACUUUCUCAUGAAAGAAGUAGAGGUUUUGAUAUAUAACUUAAUUCUAGAAGUAUGACACAAAUUUACCAUAUCCUUGUGCUUACAGCUUAUGUCAGUCUCAAAAAGACAUUGAAUUCAGUGCAUUGCAAGGCAUGGGACCUCCUGGGACUCUAUGAGUACCCAACUUCUUUCCUGGAAGGAGUGAGGUGAGGCAGGGCUGUGUCCUUGCCCUAUCACUUUUUGGACAGGGUGUUAGGUAGAUUAAAGUCAUUGUGGAGCAUCUGUUGACAAUACCUAGGUCACUGACCCCGUUUCUUGCUAAUGCUACUGUAAUCCUCAUGAAGUCAGAGAUUUUGGUGGUGGCUCUCAUAACAGUGCACAAGGAAAUGAAGCCUUGCAAAGGUCAAGUUACCUGGAGGUGUUUAGAGGCUUACUAUUACUAGAUGGAAGAGUAAAGUCUGUUCAUGACCUGGCAAUGUAGUGAGAAGAACAAAGAUCCGGAGUUUUAGGUCACUUGUGUUCCUUGUCCUACUCUAUGGUUGUGAUAUCGACACUUAAAAUAGUGACUUUAGGAGGCAAACUGAUGCCUUUGGUAACAAGUGCCUACACAGAAUCAUGGGAUAUCGUUGUAAUGACAAUUGAGCCAAAUUGGCGAUUAUUCUGUGAGACUGAAUCUUAUCUUUGGCUUAUUACUGCACUGUCCUUGAAUGCCAACUCAGGCUAUGCAGGCAUGUGGUACGCUGCUCUUUACCGAGGUGAUAUUUAAUAGUGCCUACGACAUUAACAGAAUAGAUGGAAAUUCGAAGUAGCAAUGAGAAUUUGAAGACUGUUUGGCAUGGGUGAAAGAAUAAGAUAUGGAGUGAAAUAAGUACAAAAAUGACACCUUUUUAGAUGAUUUUGUCAGCUGAAGAGAAAAAAUGAGGGCAAGGCAAAAAGAGGGUAUACAAGUGAGAUGGAUGGUGUAUGAGAGAUAAUGACCCCUUGGUUUAUAUUCAGGAGAAAAUGGGAAGCAGUGACAACUAGGAAAAUGUAAAAAGUAGUACAUAGAUUUACUGCAGUUAAUGGUCAUUCUUGUUGCUUCCUUGGAUGUUAUAAAAUUGACAAACUGUGGUAUAGGUAUACUAUAUAAAUCCAGAUGAUAAAAGUUUGCAAACCAUGAUAUAGGAAAGCUGAAUACACCAAGUGAAUUUCAUAAUCUUGAUAAACUAAAGAAUGUAAUAUGUAAACCAACAGACUGUUCCCAGGGAAAAUCUUAGCUGCAAAAUACAUUUUGUCUUAAAGAAUACUGAGCAUAAAUGGUCUCAUUCUUUAAUCCCUUGACCACAAUGGUGACUAUAUAUUGACUGAAUUGAUGGUUUUGUUACCAGGGUAGCAGUCUUUUGAUGUACUGGAAUAGGUCAGCAAAUUAACUUUCCUUGGACUACUGCUGUCAUCUCAAAAAAAAAAAAAGAAUAAAGAAUAAUUUCCAA